GGCGUUUUGUCCAUCCGGGUGGACCCGCAUCUCGCGCUCUCCUGAAACUCGAAUCGCCAGAGAGGCAUCAUGGGCUUCGGGAAGUCCUCCCCCUUCCUGGCUUUCAGCAUCUUGGUCCUGUGCCAGGCAGGCAGUCUCGAGGCAACACCACUCAGGUCUGCUUUGGAGACCCUCCCAGAUCCCGGGUCACUCAGUGAGAAGGAAGGGCGCCUCCUGCUGGCUGCACUGGUGAAGGCCUAUGUGCAGAGCAAGACCAAUGAGCUGGAGCAGGAGACGGAGGACUCCAGCCUGGAUGGCUCCAGAGCUAAGCGGUGCAGUAAUCUGAGUACCUGUGUGCUGAGCGCGUACUGGAAGGACCUGAACAACUUUCAUAGAUUCUCUGGCAUGGGCUUCGGGCCUGAAACACCUGGCAAGAAAAGUGACAUAGCCAGCAGCUUGGAGAGGGACCGCUCCUCCCAUUUUGGGGUGCCCCAAGAUGCCAAGUGAACUCCUUCCACUCACUCCUUCCUGAUUUCCUUUCUUGCUCCCAUGGAUGAAGUUAAUGCAUGCAGAUUUUGCCUGGAUUGCUCUUCAAGCUGGUAUUGGUAGCUUUGCUUAUGACAGAGAAUGCUGGGGACCACAGGAUGGAAAGAAAGAGAGCAGGACUCACAGACAAGGUUAGAGAUAAGAGAGUGAGGGAAGCUUCUGAGAUACCAGAGAAUGUCAUGGGCAGAGCCGUCCAAUUCCUGCUUCAUCCCUCAUGCCUCAUCAUUGAUGAAUAAACCUAUUUUCUAAAAGGAUUUGCACUUUGGUGGUCAUUAUUCUGGUCCCUGUCCCAGGCCUGAGAGUGCCCAGGGCCUAUGCUUGAAAGUAGCCUUAGCCUUAGGGUAGUAGGAUGCAGGGCUUGGUGAGGGUCCCUGUGAACCAGCUCCAGCAAUGAGAACAGGUGUGCUGAGGAGCAGGUAAGCAUUUCUGGGGGACGAUGCUGCAAACCCUGUGCUCUGAGCCUCUUCCAGGUAAGACUUCAGGGAAUUUUCAUUUUUCUAUGGAAAGUGGUUUUGUUGGUGCUCGUGGCUAGGGUAUGGCGUCUAUAUGCUCCUUACAUGUUGGGGUGGGCGUAUGUAAGGAGUGAUAAGUAUAGGGUUUUAGCACUUGCCACAUGGCUUAGAACUGGAUUUUUUUGUGAAAAUCUUUGGGCAGGGCUUCUAGCAAAGGCCGCCAGGCCAUUUGCCCUAACAGCUUUGAUAACUGCAUUUAGGAGAAACACCUAUUCUUAAGUGGUGUGUCAAAGAGCUACAAUUCUCUUUAUGAAGGCCUUAUGGGGUAGGCUCCUGCCCCAGCCUCUCACUGACAGGCCUUCUCUUUUUCUCCAUCCUGCAAAGCAGCAUCACUGCCCAGAAGAGGUCCUGCAACACCGCCACCUGUGUGACCCAUCGGCUGGCAGGCUUGCUGAGCAGA